GAGGGGAUGUGACGCUGCUUGCUGGUACAUAACACCAGCACUCGCUGUCUGCUGCGACAGGCAAUCACUUCUGAUUUCGCUUUGCUACCGACCUGUACUUUUUUCAUCUUGGAGCCGAGAGCCAGUGUUUUCUUCCAGUUUCUUUUCGAGGUACAAGUACUGUGUUUAGUCUAUCGUCGCUUUCUUUUAGCCCGACGUCUGUACGCUCACAGCUGGAAAGUUGCUUCCCUUUGGCCAACGUGGGCAUCAGCUCCAUAAGCAUGGCGGAUUACUUGAUCAGUGGUGGAACAGGUUACGUACCUGAUGAUGGACUCUCGGCUCAGCAGCUCUUCUCUAUUGGGGACGGCCUAACAUACAACAGAUCUGACCAACAGUGCGUUGUCUCCGAUGGUCAUACGGCUGAAGAGCUUUGCUCUAAAGGAGAUGGGUUGACUUACAAUGACUUCCUGAUUCUACCUGGCUUCAUUGACUUUACAUCAGACGAAGUGGAUCUGACAUCAGCACUGACCAGGAAAAUCACACUCAAGACCCCACUCAUCUCCUCCCCUAUGGACACUGUCACAGAGUCCGCCAUGGCGAUUGCAAUGGCGCUUAUGGGAGGCAUUGGCAUCAUUCAUCACAACUGCACACCAGAGUUCCAAGCAAAUGAAGUCCGCAAAGUCAAGGUUAUGAGGUUCGAGCAGGGUUUUAUCACAGACCCCGUCGUCAUGAGUCCACGCCACACAGUUGGAGAUGUGUUUGAAGCCAAAGUAAGACAUGGCUUUUCUGGUAUCCCCAUCACAGAGACGGGCAAAAUGGGCAGCAAGCUGGUGGGCAUAGUCACCUCCAGAGAUAUCGACUUCCUGUCUGAAAAAGACCAUGACAGACCCCUAGAGGAGGCAAUGACAAAGAGGGAUGAGCUGGUUGUGGCUCCAGCCGGUGUAACGCUGAAAGAAGCCAAUGAUAUUCUCCAGCGCAGCAAAAAAGGCAAGCUUCCCAUUGUAAAUAACAAUGAUGAGCUGGUGGCCAUCAUCGCCAGGACAGAUCUAAAGAAGAACAGGGACUACCCGUUGGCCUCCAAAGACUCACGCAAACAGCUGCUGUGUGGAGCUGCCAUUGGAACCAGAGAGGACGACAAAUACAGACUGGACCUGCUGGUGCAGGCGGGGGUGGAUGUCGUCGUACUGGACUCUUCACAAGGGAACUCGGUGUAUCAGAUCAACAUGAUUAAUUACAUUAAACAGAAGCAUCCUGAUUUGCAAGUGGUAGGAGGAAAUGUGGUCACAGCAGCCCAGGCCAAGAAUCUGAUCGACGCUGGUGUCGAUGCUCUGAGAGUGGGAAUGGGCUGCGGCUCUAUCUGCAUCACACAAGAAGUCAUGGCGUGCGGGCGGCCCCAGGGGACCUCAGUAUACAAGGUAGCAGAGUAUGCAAGGCGUUUUGGCGUCCCUGUCAUCGCUGAUGGUGGCAUUCAGACUGUUGGUCAUGUGGUGAAGGCUCUGUCUCUUGGAGCAUCAACUGUUAUGAUGGGCUCUUUGCUAGCUGCAACAACUGAAGCACCAGGAGAGUACUUCUUCUCAGACGGUGUGCGGCUGAAGAAAUACCGUGGUAUGGGCUCCCUGGACGCCAUGGAGAAGAGCACCAGCAGCCAGAAACGCUACUUUAGUGAGGGUGACAAGGUAAAAGUAGCCCAGGGUGUGUCUGGUUCAGUCCAGGAUAAAGGCUCCAUCCACAAGUUUGUACCAUACCUGAUCGCUGGCAUCCAGCAUGGCUGCCAAGACAUUGGGGCAAAGAGUCUCUCUGUCCUCCGUUCCAUGAUGUACUCGGGAGAGCUUAAGUUUGAAAAGCGCACCAUGUCUGCACAGGUGGAGGGAGGAGUUCACGGUCUCCAUUCUUACGAGAAGCGGCUUUACUGAACAGUGGGGACAAAGUGCACGCCGUCGGUGCAUGUGACACCCAAUCUAACAGUGACCAAAUGUUCAAUUGCCACUAAAAAAAUCGCAGCACCCACUACACCCUCUCUGCCCUCCCCUGCAUCAUACCCACUGUUACUCUCUCUCUCUGAUCCAAGCCAGCUGCUUUGGGGAGGAAAGAGGCACCGUAGUGAAGUGACAUCUUCAAACUGAUACCCAACUCUCUGAACACCAGGGACUUUGCACUCAAGAAACGGCGCAUCAGGGUUUCAGAAUGACAAAAAAAAAAAACCUGUAUCUUGAGUAUGCAGCUGAUCCCAAUUUUUUGCGUAUGUAUGUUGAUAGUAGUGAGAAUGUGGUGCAUGAAUGUGUGUUGAAUGGACGAGUGUGAGACUACGUAAAAAAUGUGUUUUUGGACAAAGUGAAGGUGCACUGGGUGUAUCUGUCUUGUUUAAAGUAAAGGAUCGGAAAUAGCCAUGGUGCAAAACAGAUUGACAUAUUUUUGGCGUUUUUUUUGCAGAUCCAAGCUUUUAAAUGUCCCCUGUUUGACUCCAGUGUCCUAAAUCUUGAACACACAGUGUGCAGAAUACAAACAAUUGUGUGUGCAGUGUGUCGGUGCAUCACGGCAAUCUUACCUUUCUUCACUAAAAUUCACCACUAAAUGAACAGUAGCUUUUUGCUUAUUGUUUACUUCAUGAAUUACAGAUCCUGAGGUACGAAAUUUUGCUACAAGUCAUCUUUAUGUCCUCCAGUGUCAUCUCCAAUUAUUAGACAGACCCACAGUAUUCUCUGUGGACUUUCAUUUUCCCCUAAAGACAUCUUGAGCCAAAAAAGUGUCCCAUAGUGCAUCGUGUUCAUAUGUUGAGCAUGAAGGGGACCAAAAGAUAAUCAGGUAAAAGAACGAGUUCUCAAAUGCAUCAAAUCAAUAAAGGAAAGUUAAUGAGGACAAUUUCUCUGCCCAAAAUUUGAAUACUUUUAGAUAAGACAACCUUUAUAUUAAACCUGUAUAGUCUUGGGGCGGGCUUCAAAUUGAGCAUGAAGUGUUUUUGAUAUGCAUGUUUGUUUUUCACUAAGCCAAUCAUGGCUGUAUUUAUAUUCUGCUUCAGUGUAACUGCAUACAUACUGCCAAGUGUAUUUACACUUCCUCUGACACUCUUCUUUUGUAAUUUCCAAACCAAAUUUUGUGCAACCAGCCGCUUUUUACCUUCACACUUGUUCAUUCCUGCGUCCUAAGUGUGGCUUAGGUUCUCUUUUAUUUCUUUUUACCGGAGAUAUGCCUUGAAACGGGGAUGGAUAAAGGCAGUGAAAAUGCAAAAUGCUUAAAACACCUUGUCGCCUCCUUUUCUUACUUUUAAACAGCUAGCUUUAUUGUUCUGCUUAUGUAGGUUUUUCUAACAUUUUCAUAAUGGAUGUCCUCUUUUGCUAGAUUUUUUUUUAUAUAUAUAUAUAUAUAAAAUGUCCCUGAUUGUAAGAAUUGAGUUGCUUUCUAUAGUGCUAAUGCUAGUAUGUUGCCCUGCACAUGGUUCACUUGACUAACAAAAACCUUGCAGUUGGAUGAAACUGUAAGAGGAUGUUUAUGGAAAAUAUAUGGAAAAAUAUGCCCAUAUUCAGUUAAUAAAGACUGCUGCUUGUUUUAAGAUUUCCAUCAAAAAAGAUAAUUCAGGUUCAAAUGUCUUAUUUGCAACACACUGAGUCUUCUUAGCCCAUCUUAAAAGCUUAUACAUAGUGUUAAAUGGGAGAUUAGGUUUACAGUUUUUUUUAUAGUGCUGCACUUUUGUUUUUUAAAUUUCUUCAGUAUGUAGAGAAGCUGCUACAGUUGCCUGGAUAUAGUGGUAGCUUUUGCAACCGACAACCCAAACCUUAAAAGAAGGCUUUUCAGAUGGAUGGAAAAGACUCGGUAUUCACUUCAUUCUGGAGUUAUGAUUGCUUUAACACAUGUUUACAAUAAAACACUCAAGAGAAAA